AUGGCCUCAGUUGCCGUCGCUCAGAUCUCGCUUGAGAACGUUGCCUCUUUCGAGGCCUACGCCAACGCCGACUGCGCACCCCAGGCUCUGCAGCAGCAGAACAUCCACAGCAACGAGUGCGUUUUCCUGCCCUUGCAGAGCGCCCGCGUCUUCUUCUUGGAGAAGACUCGUGCCAACUGCCGCCUCGAGUUCUACACCUCGAACAACUGCACUGGUACACCAACCGAUACCUUCACCACUGCCCCCAGCGACUGCAUCAAUGUGUCGCAGAAGUUCUCUUACCAGGCUAUCUGCUCUUAA